AUGACUUUAAAAGAUAAACUAUUGCUCCGCAAUAUCGAAUUCAAGGGAACUUUCUAUGCGAAGUUCCCGCAAAUUCACAACAUUUACGCAAUCGGUGUGAUUUCGUGUAUAUCUGGUCUCAUGUUUGGUUUCGAUAUCUCUUCAAUGUCUUCCAUGAUCGGUACUGAAACUUACAAAAAAUAUUUUGACCAUCCAAAAUCCAUUACCCAAGGUGGUAUCACCGCGUCAAUGUCCGGUGGUUCCUUCUUAGGCUCUUUACUCUCUCCUGCUAUUUCCGAUACCUUUGGCAGAAAAGUGUCGUUGCACAUUUGUGCCGUCUUGUGGAUCGUCGGAUGCAUUUUGCAAAGUGCUGCCCAAGACCAACCAAUGCUAAUCGCUGGCCGUGUUAUCGCAGGGUUGGGUAUCGGGUUCGGCUCUGGUUCUGCUCCAAUUUACUGUUCUGAAAUCUCCCCACCAAAGGUUAGAGGCUUGAUCACCGGUCUUUUCCAGUUCUCUAUCACUGUUGGUAUUAUGAUUCUCUUCUACGUUGGUUACGGGUGCCACUUCCUCAGUGGUAAUCUUUCAUUCAGAUUGACUUGGGGUUUGCAAGUUAUCCCAGGAUUUGUGUUGCUGGUCGGUGUCCUAUUCUUGCCAGAAUCCCCACGUUGGUUGGCUAACCACGACCGUUGGGAAGAAACUGAGUCAAUCGUCGCCAAGGUCGUCGCCAAGGGUAACGUAGACGAUGAAGAAGUCAAGUUCCAAUUGGAAGAAAUUAAAGAGCAGGUGAUUCUUGAUGCUGCCGCCAAGAACUUCUCCUUCAAGGAUUUGCUAAGACCAAAGACCAGAAAGAAGCUCUUUGUUGGUGUGUGUGCUCAAAUGUGGCAACAAUUGUGUGGUAUGAACGUUAUGAUGUACUACAUUGUGUACGUCUUUAACAUGGCUGGUUACACUGGUAACACCAACUUGGUUGCAUCUUCCAUUCAAUACGUCUUGAACGUGCUAAUGACUUUCCCUGCACUAUUCUUAAUCGAUAAAGUCGGUAGAAGACCUGUCUUGAUCGUUGGUGGUAUUUUCAUGUUCACAUGGUUGUUCGCUGUCGCUGGUUUGUUGGCAUCAUAUUCCGUCCCAGCUCCAAAUGGUGUUAACGGUGAUGAUACUGUCACAAUCAGAAUCCCAGACAAGCACAAGUCCGCCGCUAAGGGUGUCAUUGCAUGUUCAUACUUGUUCGUCUGCUCUUUCGCUCCAACCUGGGGUAUUGGUAUCUGGAUUUACUGUUCCGAAAUUUUCAACAACAUGGAAAGAGCCAAGGGUUCCUCUGUGGCUGCUGCUACCAACUGGGCAUUCAACUUCGCUUUGGCGAUGUUCGUCCCAUCUGCAUUCAAGAACAUCUCAUGGAAAACAUACAUCGUCUUUGGUGUCUUUUCAGUUGCAUUGACUGUCCAAACCUACUUCAUGUUCCCAGAAACUAGAGGUAAGACCUUGGAAGAAAUCGACCAAAUGUGGGUCGACAACAUCCCAGCCUGGAAGACUAGCAGCUACAUCCCACAAUUGCCUAUCAUCGAAGAUGAAUUUGGUAACAAGUUGGGUUUGUUGGGUAACCCACAACAUCUCGAGCAUGUUAAAUCCGUCGAAAAGGAUACUGUAGUGGAAAAAUUAGAAUCGUCAGAGGCUAAUAGCAGCAGCUCGGUCUAG